AGCCAAAAACCAUGGGUUCUUGACUAACCAUCCACCCAGCGAUGGGAAGAUCUUCCCAUCGAUGGGUAAGCGGUCCCUUAGCCAAACUAAUUUCCAGAACCAUGCCAAACAGCGAUGGGAAGUUCUACCCAUCGCUGUUAAAGCCUUUGUGCAAAAUUACCACAAGGCAGAACGACCUUGCCCAGCGAUGGGAAGCCUAUCCCAUCGAUGGGAACCCAGCGAUGUCCAGCAGGAAGACGGCCCAGCCCAACUUCGCCAAGGCCCACUUGGCGGGACCAAGGCAAAGGACCAGUGAAGAGCGCCUCGGCAGUACUGCGCACUCGGCCCCAGCAGGGUCGGUCAUCCUCGAAGCAACCAAGGCCGGCCUUCCGUCCAUAGGUUUCCGAAGACAGUUCGGGGAAACCUCUGAUGCGAGGACCCCAGGUCCAGACCCUAGCGGUUUCUGGGCCGCGAUGAGGGCGAUGAUGCUCAAUCAGCCCAUGACCGGUUUCCACAUGCCGGUCACGAUGCCGCAGCCAACGUUCCUGUCUGACGGACGUCGUGAGGUCCAGCAGAACAUGGUGGAAAGUGCGGAACUUUUCGCGCAACACCUGAAGAAUCUAAUGGCAGACUCCCGCCUGAAUCCUUCGCCUGGGGGACCCGAGAACAGGGAGUUGAGCCGGUCCCAGCAACGGGACAAGGGCAAGGGCCCGGAGCGCAGGGCCAACAAGAAGCAAGCUAGCCGUCGAGACAAGGAGACGGCGAGCAAACGUUGUGAACCCCUGAAGGAAGGACAAGGUGAGAGUGAGUCGUACGCAUCUGUGUUCAGCCGGAUGCGAGUGCCGGUCACGGAACGGCUGAGGUCGUUUCCCGCCACUCUCGACGGGCUGGCGUCUGAGUGGUUCAAUGAACUGCCUGAAGGGAAGAUCGAUUCAUGGGAGGAUUUGGCGCGAAGAUUCCUGGUGCACUUCGCCGGCAACAGGAAGAAGAAACUGCAUUUUUCACACCUCUUGUCGGUCAGACAGCGACCCGACGAGCCGCUGAGGGAAUUCCUAGGAAGGUGGAAGCUGGAGACCACCAGAGUUUACGGAGCAGAUGACAAAACCAGAUUAUCCACCUUUCAUUUGGUCUUGCGAUCGGGGGACUUCUCCAAGCGUCUGGCCUUGGAGAAGCCGAGAGAGUAUUCCAUCGCGAUGGCCAUGGCGGAGGAUGAAGCCGAAGCAGAGGAGCUGGAGACAAACAAGAAGAAGGAAGAAGCAGGGAGACUUGGUUCCAGCGUAACGGCGGUGAAGCCUACGCCGAGGAAGGUCACCAUUGAUGAACGGCCACAUUUGCCAGUCGGACACCGCUUCCUUUGGGAUAUUUGGGACAUGUGGCGCAAGGACGACGGAAAGAAGAGCGGAGACAACCGGGGGAGGAAACCGGCGGGAACUCAACAGAAGAAGAGGAAGGAGAUAGGCCUGCCGAGCGACAAGGAAGAAGAAGACAACCCUAGACAGAAGAGGAUCGAAGAGAGCCGGAUGAUCUAUGGUGGCAACACUGGAGGGGACAGUACUGAACAAAGGAAGAAGUGGGUGCACUCGGCCUACGUCGGAGACGUUCGCAGUGCGCCUGGACCGUCGAAGGUCGCGAAGACAGAGCCCCUCUUGUUUGGUCCAAAGGACCUGCCUGAGAUCCCAUCACCCCACAGAGACGCCUUGGUCGUCAGGUGCGAGAUCAACGAGGUAGUAAUCCAUCAAUCCUAUGUUGAUAAUGGGAGCUCGAUCAACAUCAUGUAUGUAAAGACAUUUGAGGAGCUGGAGUUAAAGAAGGAACUCCUGAAGAGAGUAAGGACCCCCUUGUCCGGAUUCACAGGAGACAUCAUCGAUUCAGAGGGACUGAUCGAGGUGAUGGUCACCUUCGGCGAUGGAGAGCACAAGAAGACCAUUCCGGUCGAAUUCAUGGUAGUGCGACUCCUUGGGUCCCACAAUCUGAUUUUGGGUCAACCUGCACUGGAAGAUCUCGAUUCCGUAACAUCGGUGAAGUAUCUAAGCAUGAAAUUCCCUACCGAUUCGGGAAUAGGAGUGUGCAGAGGAAACCAAAAACUCGCCCGACUCUACUACCAGAAGCAGACAAAGAAGAUGGACGCCCAAGAUCUCAGAGUGGACAGUAUUGCCACGGCACUUUUGAAGGAGGAAGAAAGCCGUCCUCGAGCUGAGCCAGCUGAGGAGACAGAAGAUGUGGUGAUAAUGGAGGAGCAGCAGGAGAAAAAGAUCAAGCUCGGUACUAACAUCAGUGCCGAGCUUCGGUCCAAGAUCAUACAGGUACUCAGGGAGAACUUUGUGGUGUUUGCAUGGAGUGUCGAGGAUAUGCCGGGAGUCAGCAGAUCCCUGAUCACCCACCGCCUCGCGGUCGGAUCGGACGCGGAGCCUAUAAAGCAAAGAAGGCAACACUUGAGCAAAGACCGGAGGGAUUUCGUGAAGAAGGAGGUGGACAUGCUCCAAGCAGCAGGGCAUGUCAAGGAGAUCAAAUACCCCACCUGGCUGGCCAACGUCGUGCUGGCACCAAAGGGGCAGACGUUCAGGAUAACUUUGAGGGAUGCCGAGCUCAGAUACUCGGUGGUGGAAAAAACAAUCUUGGCCGUCGUCAACACGGUCAAGAAGCUGAACCAUUACUUCCAAGCCCACGAGGUGGAAGUGAGGAGUCAUCAGCCUCUGAGCAUCAUCAUCAGGAAUCCUACAGCCUCUAACAGGGUCAUCAAGUGGUCUGUCUAUCUGAGUCAGUAUCAGAUAGAGAUGAAGCCGAGGGCAGCAAUCAAAGCCCAGGCCUUGGUCGAUUUCAUGGUGGAAUGUACGGCACGUGACAACAACCCCAUACCAAUGGUGGAGCAGGGAGAGUGGUGGACUUUGUCUACUGAUGGAUCAUCAGCUGCAAAGGCUUGCGGUGGGGGCGUGGUAAUCCAAUCACCUGAAGGAUUCCGCUCCUAUCAUGCAGUAAAAUUCCAAUUCAAAGUGUCCAAUAACGAAGCCGAGUAUGAAGCAUUAUUGAGCGGCCUGAGGCUCAUCCUCAACCUAAAGGCCGAGUACGUCAGGAUCAGGUGCGAUUCGCGCCUGGUCGUCAGUCAAAUAAAAGGGGAGUUCGACACCAAGGAGGAACGAAUGCGUCUAUACAAGGAGGCGGCCUUGGAAUUGCUCAAAAUCCUUAAAGGAUACGAGCUCGUGCAGAUCCCGAGGGCGGAAAACACCGAGGCCGACGUCCUCUCCAAACUAAGCAACGACAGCCCCGAGCACAUCUCCAAGAUGGCUCACAUUGAAGACCUGGGGUCUCCAAGAAUUCAUGUGCAACUCGUCUUUGUUGUCACCGAGGAAGUCAGUGGCUGGAUCGCGGAGUUGAUCCGGUAUAAGAAGGAUGGAAUCCUCCCCGACGACGAGACGACGGCCCGUUUGAUCAAACGGAGGGCACCGACAUAUGUCGUUGAGAAUGGCCGGCUAUACAAGAGAUCAUACAACGGCACAUUGCUGAGGUGUGUUGACGAAGCCAGAGCGGGGCAGAUCAUGGAAGAGGUCCACGAAGGAGUAUGCGCGGCACAUCAAGGUCCUUUUUCCAUGGCCAGACGCAUUGUCCUACAGGGAUACUUCUGGCCGACCAUGGUGAAGGACUGUGCCAAGCGCGCCAAGCGUUGCAAAGUGUGCCAAAUAUUCCAGAACAUUCCGGGAAGACCGGGAACCAGCUAUCAUCCCAUCAGCUCGUCGAUCCCUUUUGCUCAUUGGGGGAUAGACCUGAUAAGACUAAUGCCGAGGGCACCUGCGAGAGCACCCUCGGAGGUGUUCAUUCCAACAUGGAGGGAGGAGAACUAUGAAGCCAAGGAGAACGAGGAAACCAUGGCGGCCGAUCUCAAUUUCGUUGAAGAACGCCGAGAACAAGCUUUCCUCAGAGCACAGAACUACCGAAGGCAAGUCAAAGAAUAUUACGACCCCAAGGUCAGAGCUAGGGAAUUCCGAGUAGGGGACUUGGUACUCAGGAAAAGGGAAUCCAGUCAGCCUACAGAAGGGGGAAAGUUUGCCAAAAGCUACGAAGGACCAUACAGGGUCACAGCUGUGCUCAGGCCAGGCACCUACAAGCUCUCCACGCUUAAAGGUCGCGAACUCAGCAGGCACUGGAACACGCACAAUCUUAUUUCUUUCUACAUAGGAAGCGUCAUGAUCGGCCACAAACUGCGCCUUGAGGUUGGCGCUGAUCGUUUUCUUUCGGUGAGCACGGCGAAAGCCUUUGAGAUAGGCGCGCACGUUCGUGCCCACCUUGUGCACCAAACGGCCAGACUUCUGAGAAACCUCCAUCGCGGCGGGUUCCCGGCAGAAAGGACUCUGGACAGAAUCCUCACUCAAAGAAGAUAGAUCGGGAUCGGCACAUUUCCCCACCGCAGUCGGAGCAGUGGCGAAGCUGGGCAAGGACGAAUCUGCCAUAAGAAAAGAACAGGGUGGAG